ACUGCUGGGCUUCCUGUCUCUCUGCAUGUUAAGUGCGUAUCUGCAGGAGCAAUAAAGCUCUACCCACAGGGCACCCUGUUACAGAGCGCCCGGCCCUCACAGACGCACCUGUGCCAGGAGCAGAGCAGCAGAGGGGAAGGGGGACACCGACAGACCUAGAGGUCCUGCAGUCUCUGUGGGCUGCCCCGCCCACCACGAUGGACCGCCCAGUCUGGCGUAGUCACCUGCUCCUGGUGCUGCAGCUGGCGCUACUCCCAGUGGCCGCUCAGGGGAAGGAGGUCGUACUGAGCAGAGCAGGGGACACUGUGGAUUUGCCGUGCACGGCUUCUGAGAAGAAGUACGCGUUCUUCAAUUGGAAAUACCCGAACCAGACCAAGAUCCUGGGGAACCAGAGCCCCAUCUCCACGUGGACUAUAGGUCUCUCCUGGCUAGCAAAGAAGGUUGAAUCCAAAAAAGGCCAGUGGGAACACGGGUCCUUCCCCCUGGUCAUCAAGGAGGCUGAGGUGAAAGACUCCGGGACUUACAUCUGUGAAGUGGAGGGCGCGAAGAAAGAGGUGGAGUUGCUGGUGUUCCGACUGACCGCCAGCGCAGACCGGGUGCUGCAGGGCCAGAGCCUGACCCUGACCUUGGAGAGCCCGGUUGGCAGUAACCCUUUAGUGCAGUGGAAGAGUCCAGGGAACAGAAACCAAAACACCGGCAAGGCCUUCACGGUGACCCAGAUGGGGACCCAGGAAAGUGGCACCUGGACGUGCACCGUCUCCCAGGACCAGAGGACCCUGGUGUUCAAGAAAAACAUCGUCAUGCUGGGUUUCCAGAAGGCCUCGAUGACACUCUAUAAGAAAGAGGGAGAGCGGGUGGACCUCUCCUUCCCUCUCACCUUCGAGGACGAACACCUGCGUGGGGAGCUGCGGUGGCAGGCAGAGCGGCCCCCCUCCUCCGAGUCCUGGGUCUCCUUCUCCGUACAGGCCAAGGAGGUGACUGUGCAGGGGUCCCUCCCGGAUCUCAAGCUCCAGAUGGCCAAAAGCCUCCCACUCAGCAUCACCCUGCCCCAGGCCCACCUGCGGCACGCCGGCUCCGGGAAGCUGACCUUGACUCUCGGCAAGGGGCAGCUGCAGCAGGACGUGAACCUUGUGGUGAUGGCAGUGACUCAGCUCCAGAGUAAGCUGACCUGCGAGGUGCUGGGCCCCACGCUCCCCACGCUGACGCUGAGCUGGAAGCUGAAGAAUGAGUCAAAGGUCUCAAAGCAGGAGAAGGCGGUGUGGCUGCUGGACCCCGAGGCAGGGAUGUGGGAGUGUCUGCUGAGUAACGGGGACCAGGUCCUGUUGACAUCCAAGUUUGAAGUCUCGGCCCGACUGGUCACCCAGAGCUGGCAAACCACACUGAUCGUGGCGGUGGGAGCCGCGGCGGGCCUGCUGUGUAUCGGUCUCUGCGCUUUCUGCUGCGUCAAGUGCCGGCACCGACGGCGCCAGGCAGAGCGGAUGUCUCAGAUCAAGAGGCUCCUCAAGGAGAAGAAGCCCUGCCAGUGCUCCCACAGGUUCCAGAAGACACACAGUCUCAUGUGAGGCCCAGGGCCAGGGAGCUUCCACCUGCAGCCUCUCCAGCUGUCUGCCUGCGUUUCCUGUGGGCUCCGGGCCUGCAGACCAGAUGAAUGUAGCAGCUCCCGCCUCUGGCCUCCUCCCUGCCCCCCCCCCCGUCCCCAGGUC